UCAUGACUAGUAUGUCACAAUCCCCCUUUCAGCUUGUUCCAUGCUCUCCAUGUAUCAGAAGUGAUCUCAAUAAACACUCGCCAGCAGUACCUUCUACACCAAAUAUAACCAAUCGUAACCUAGCCGAAAGUCCGCAGAUAGAUAUAACAUCUCGUGGCGUACCAGGUACACCCAUUCCGCCAACGACUCUUGCACAACAAUCGAAGGAUACAUCAUAUAUGGACUCAGGUGAGCAGAUCGUACCACUUGUUGCCACUCCUUUGAACGACGGGUUCAGAAUACCCAACGUAUUCCGCACACCUCAAGAAAGAAGUAAGCCGUCGCCGAGACCUCCGAACUCCACGGAACAAGUUCAGGGACUGAGACGGGCAAAUCAGCGACGGCGCAUUGUGAACUUGAAUCGGAACACACCGAACACAACAAGGGAAAUCGAUUUGUUCAAUGGAGAGGAUAUAUUUGAAUAGGUCAUUGCGACGACACAAUCACCGAGAUCAUUAAACUUGAGGUAAAGAAUGAUUAAUAAUGAAUUGUGGCUUGAAGCAUGGAUAAUUACACUAACAAUUCCUUGCUUGGAAGCUUAACAGACUAACUUUAUUGCACUUCCACUUUCGUUUCUCUUUCUCUUCCCUAUAUUUCAAAGAAGAUGAUUGUCAGUUUCAGUUUUGUCAUGUUUCCUUUUAUGGACUUUGCAAUGGCGC